UGCAUAACAUAUAUAUAAGACACGUGUCCAUAUGAUAAAUUUUAUAAAAAAUGUGUGUGUCAUUAUUUACGCGUCAUUAUUUGUGAGACGUGAGAUUGAUUUUGUCAAUCGAAUUUCUUUGGAGGCUGAAGAGACUCGUGAUACAAUGAGUAAAAUAUGUUUGUUACGACAAUUGUAUUAUCGCUUCGACUAUAUACGUAUAUUUAUCGCAAUAUAACAACGCAAAUAAACCAUCUUGACAAAGUUCUUUUUGCAAGAUAACCUUGUCCGUGGGAUUUUAAGUUUUGUCUUUAACCAAGAAUGAUGAGAUCAAUGCAUAGAAUUGCAAAUUUAAGAAUACGAUAUUUUAUAUUGUAUCUUGGAGGAAGUCUUAUCUUGACAAUAAAACGUUAGACAACAACCUGCAAAAAUUACCAACCAUCUUGCUCCAAAAUAACGUAAACUAAUGCGUCGUAACUGUUGCUGUUACAUGGAGUCCAACUUGUGCUGGGAGAAAUUCACCCACGUUCAUUUAUCGUAUGGUCAUUGCUACAUAAAAAUUCUUCACGAUGCAAAAGUGGAUGACGGUGGUUCGAUUAAUGACACUCGUUUUGACGAUGCUCGGAUUCGUCGUGGGACAACAAGUAGAUAACUUUAAUACUGAACUGGUAGCGGAACAAGAUGACACUCUCCUUUUAUUCUCUACACUUGGUGGAUUGCUUGUGGGUGUUGACCAGCGUUCUGGAAAAAUACAAUGGCAGCAAGAUGAUGAACCUGUGGUUAAAAUGCCUAUCAAUCUGUCAGGAACUAAAAUGCCUAUAUUUCUACCAGAUCCCAGAGAUGGUUCACUCUAUCUAUUUGGUAGAGAAUCAGAGGCAUUGAAAAAGUUGCCAUUUACUAUUCCUCAGUUAGUCGCCAGUAGUCCAUGUAGAAGCAGCGACGGUAUAUUGUAUACCGGCAGAAAAAUUGACACUUGGUUUAGUAUCGAUCCAACGACUGGUGAAAGGGAACAGCUUUUAAGUUUUUAUACAGUAAAAGAUACGUGUCCUUUGGAAAUGCAGAAUACUAUUUUCGUUGGUCGUACGGAAUACAAUAUUAUCAUGGUCGACAGCAAGCACAAAGACAGAAAAUGGAACGUAACAUUCUAUGAUUAUUCAGCUAUGCAAAUGGAACCUGAUGUGAUAGACAACUAUGAUUUGGUACAUUUUACUGCAAGUUCGACAGGUCGUGUAGUAACCUUGGAUAGGAGAUUAGGCAGAAUUCUUUGGAAAUUGGAUUUAAAAAGUCCGGUGAUAGCUAUGUAUACUGUAACCAAAGAUGGAUUGUUGACAAUUCCUUUCAAGAGUAUUGGCGAUUUGUUAUGGGAAAAAUUCGCAACAAAGCCAACUGACGUUGAAUUGUUCCCAACUUUGUACAUUGGACAGCAUCAAUAUGGUCUCUAUGCCUUACCAUCGCUUGUCGAUUUGGACACAACAACUAUAUCAAGUAAUAUAGAACACUUAUUACUAGAGGGACCAUUGGUGACGUCGCAAAUUGAUACGAAUAAUAAAGUACCAUUGCCAAGGGAUCAUGUUUCUAAUAUAGCUGACGAUAGUUAUCAAAACGUCAAUCGUACUGAAAAUGUUAUUAUGUUAGGUCAUUACAAGAUACCUGCGGAAUACAAACCGCAAAAUCAGCUCCUUCAAAUAACCGGGCGAUCCGAUCCGGUAAUAUUAGAGUCUUCAGCGUUAAAUGUCACUGGGACCAAAUUAUCUAUCACUGUGCAGUCGGAUAUAUCAAAUGAUUCCAUACAGUUAGAAAAUAAUCAAAAUUGGCAAAGAAUUAUAUCAAGAACUUACAAUGCAAGCAAAAUAUGGCUUAGUCAACAGGAAAAUAUAGAUAAGCUGAUCAUGAUCCCAAUUAUGUUGACAAUUGGUACAAUUGUAAUUUGGUAUAUAUAUAAGCAAUGUAAGGAGCAACCCCAGCAAUUGUCACAGGAUUCACGUGAAAGCAGUCGUAUGAAUCAUUCUGGUAAAUCAGGCAAUUCAGUUGUUAUGCCAGAAGAGAUUGGGAAUGGCUUAGUUAAAGUAGGAAAAAUUACAUUCAAUACGGAAGAAGUUCUUGGCAAAGGAUGCGAAGGAACAUUUGUCUACAAAGGCGAAUUCGAUGGUCGUGCUGUAGCUGUGAAGCGCUUAUUGCCAGAGUGUUUUACAUUUGCGGAUAGAGAGGUAGCUCUCUUAAGAGAAUCAGAUGCACAUGCAAAUGUAGUCAGAUAUUUUUGUACCGAACAAGAUCGUAUGUUCAGAUACAUUGCUUUGGAGCUAGCAGAAGCCACUUUACAAGAUUACGUGGCAGGCAAAUACGAUCGAGAAAAGAUAUCUGUGAAAAAUAUUUUGCAUCAAGCUACAUCUGGAUUAGCACAUCUUCAUUUCUUAGAUAUUGUUCACAGAGACAUUAAGCCUCAUAAUGUCUUACUCUCUGUACCUGGACCUCGUGGAGAGGUACGCGCUAUGAUAUCAGAUUUUGGAUUGUGUAAAAAACUUCAACUCGGCCGCGUAUCAUUUUCACGGAGAUCCGGUGUCACUGGAACUGACGGUUGGAUCGCGCCAGAGAUGCUGAACGGAGAAAGAACCACGUGCGCGGUUGAUAUUUUCUCGCUUGGAUGCGUUUUUUACUAUGUUCUUUCCGGUGGCAAGCAUCCUUUUGGUGAUACGUUACGGAGACAAGCUAAUAUUCUCUGUGACGAGAGCAAUUUAACAGCUCUUCAAAAUGUAUCUUCGAGUGAUAGAGAAUUAAUUUUGUUGCUUAUCAAGGCAAUGAUAUGUAGCAAUCCUACCAGGAGGCCGCCAGCUUCUGCAAUUUGUAAUUAUCCAUUCUUCUGGAAUUUAGCAGAGAUUCUGGGCUUCUUUCAGGAUGUCAGUGACCGAGUGGAAAAAGAUCAAUCCGACAGCCCAGCCCUAAUAGCGUUGGAAACUUGCAGCAAACGCGUAACAGGAGAUGAUUGGAGAUUGUAUAUAGAUCUCGAAGUUGCAACAGAUUUGCGCAAAUAUAGAAGUUACCGAGGCGAGAGCGUAAGAGACUUACUCAGGGCUUUACGAAACAAGAAGCAUCACUACAGAGAAUUGAGCCCAAAGGCACAGGAGAGUCUCGGCGAGGUUCCUAACAAAUUUACGGAAUAUUGGUUAUUGAGAUUCCCAUGUUUAUUGUGCCACGUAUGGUGCGCGAUGCAAAAUUUUCGAAACGAGUCGAGUCUAAAACAAUAUUAUCACCCACAUUAUAUUUUUGCAAGUGCUUACGAGGGACAACAACCGAUUAUACAGACGAAUCGAGUUAGUAACGCUCUAUCGACGUCGACCAAAACGCGACAAACGAACGGCAUCGAUUGGAGUCCCAAUCGUACAAGGUACCGUGGUCAGAGAAGGAAACAGGAAAAAAAGAAGCAAGAAGAAUCAACACUAUGGUUGUUGCAUCCGGCGAAUUGAAUAGCUCUCAGAGCACAGCAAAAUAAAGUAAAGAUGAAGAAAAGAUCCACGACUGUACGCGGGUAUAGUUGGAAUCGUGGUUCCGAUAUAAUAAUACAACCAACACAUAUAUAAGAUUAUAGUUUCGUUUUUGAUCGAGGAAGAGAACUUUCUAAAGAAAUUGUUCUAAUUGUAAGUCUUUCUUUGUACAGUAGCAUACUUAAGAUUACACAUGUAUCUUUCAUAUUAUUUUUAAUCUGCGAUAGAAAUGCCAAGUUUAUGUAACUUUUUUGUAAGACAUGUCGAUAUCUCUUUUUUUAAGUAAUAUUUGAUGUAAAAUAUAUAAAAACUGAAUAAGAAUGAGAGAAAUGCGCAACUCUUUCUAAGAAAGGCAAUCGCUUUUUCUUUUUGCUUCAUAUUGCCUACAGAUAACGAGAGAACUUGACUUAUGGUUGUCUUAUCUUAUCGUUCGUUGUCUUUGUGCCUUCAACACGAGCCUACCUGUAUAAAUUUCACGAUUAAUAACUGUAGCUUUUAUAUAAGGCAUUAUCAUAAAAAAUAGGACUAGUACUUUGAAAAUCGCAAACUCCACUACCAGAAUUCUGGAAGUUCCUUCAAAACAUUUCGUAGCAAUGAUAUUCUCGAUAGCAGUUUGCGAUGAAUUACAGUCGUUGAUUUAAACGUUUCAUAUAAAAUCUUAUAGCAUUCAAUCAUUGAUUGUUUGCUGUGGUCAAAUAAAAUAUUUGAAAAAAAAUAAACCUUAUAAAAUACUGUUUAAUUAGAGAAAUGUAAAAUUUGGAUUAUCAUUUUUGGUCAAGAAUACUCCCUUUUUCAUACUUUCUUCUCACUCUAAAAAACAAAAGGCAAAAUACAUUUUAAAUGUAGAAAAAAUGCGUAUUAUACAUGUGUAGAUGCACGCGUGCGCGCACACGCAUAUUUACAUUUAUGUAUACAUAUUAUAAUACGGAAACGGAUGUUGUUAAAUAAAGUAAGAGUUUAACGAAAAUAUUAAAAUAUAAAUAUCGAAUAAAAUCAUGUUAACUAAAUAAUAUAACAAAAUUAUUAUUUUGUUAAUCAGGCGGUAGCAGUCGCCAAAUGGAAUAUACAAUGGCUGUGUGUGAAAAUUUUGUACAUAGAUAUAUAAAAAUGUAUGUUAUAGAUAUUUAUAUACUUUACUCUUUGUACGUGUAACUUAUGUAUGUGUACCUGUAUAUGCUUUCUGUACAUACGUAUUAUAUAUUAUUUUUUAAUUUAAAUGGAACUUAUGUGCAAAUGUCUGAAAAAUGUUUUAUGUAAUACCAUCUAUUUUUUAUGUCCAUAGUAUUUUAUAGCAAAACGCUCCGACUUUCUCUAUUGUAAAGUCGAAUAAGAUUUUUAAUCUUAACUUUUAUUCUAAUAUAAUUUUGAAUUAAGAACUACAUUAUGUAAUUUAGCACUCGUACAUUCAUUUAUGUCUUCAAAUAUACUUAUUUAAAUAUAUGCAUAUUCGGAGCAUAUUUGCAAAUUGAGAAACUGUACGACAUUAUUAAGUGUCUGAUGUAUAAGAUAUAACACAAGGACUAAAUUUGCGAAACGUGCGUCACAUCGCAUCAUUAUAUCUUUACCGUUCAUUCGAUGUAAAAUAAAAAUGAAAUGAUAUGCAAGUUAUACACAAAAUGAAGAGAUUAAUAUUGUACAAUAUUAAACUAUCAAACAAAUAAAACAUAAUAGUGAAUAGAUUAA